CUUUUCCUGGGUCACGUGUUGCCCACAGAGGUGACACAAACCGGAAGCAGCUUGAAUCCAGUGAGCGCUUGAUUCUGUCUUUGCGUGCACUUUCCUUCUGUGUUCCGCCUGUCGUUGUACGUACCCGCUCCUGUCCUUCCGUUUGACCUUUUUGUUUUAUUUAUCCCGUAUACUUUAAUCCAUGUGUUAUACAUGUUAAUACAGUUAGAAAGUAUUGUGCAGCAGCUGUAAGGACGUUUGGAGGCUGAUCUGUUACAUUUAGUUGUGUGUGUCCCCGCUGGAAUUCACAGGUUCCUUUGUUGUGAUGUCAGCCAUACGAGCUGCAGUCCACGCCAAAUGGAUUGUAGGGAAAGUCAUUGGAACAAAGAUGAGAAAGACCGCAAAAGUCAGAGUGACCAGGCUGGUGCUAGAUCCUUACUUAUUAAAGUACUACAACAAAAGAAAGACCUACUUUGCACAUGAUGCCCAACAGCAGUGCACCAUCGGAGACAUAGUUUUGUUAAAAGCGCUGCCAGAGAGGAGAUCAAAACAUGUGAAACAUGAACUGUCUGAGAUCAUAUUCAAAGUAGGGCGAGUGGAAGAUCCCCUAACUGGGAGAAGGUGUGCUGGGAGCAUGUACCUCGAUAGUCUGACGACUACUGACGAUUCAAAUGUUGCAGACCUUAAUGAACAGCUUCAGAGUCUGGAUAUUAAAGACACUGCAAGUCAAGACAAAGCAGUGGAUUCCUAAUGUUUUGGAAUCAUGUUGACUGUGUUAGUAAAAAAAAAUAUUAAAUGAACUACAGUGGCCAGAAACUGCCUUGUGGUAUGAGCUGCAUAUGGCCACCAAUAAUAUUCUGCUGCCUCAAGUAUGGUCCCGAAAUUCUUUCCCUAAAUAAAUAAACACCAUUAUUUUUUAAUACUGCACAACAUUUCCAUGUACUUGAUAAGGCAUGCAAUAUAAAUAUAAUAAGUUUGGUGAGUAUGUUUUUACAUCACACAAAGAAAGUACAUAGACCCUUCCAAAACUUGUAUAUUUAGCACUUCCUUCUUUAUUAAAUUACUUUCCUUGGGAUGUGA